AUGCAGUGCUCCCACUUCUUGCUAGCUUUCACGUUUCUCUUCUGUUUUCAUGGUGGACUGGCGUCUUGGCUCACUUAUGGCAAGGUUUGGAGCAAGGACUUUGGCGGGGAAGCUGCGCCCAAUUUCACAGGCCAACCCAUCAUUGUAAGGCGUGUAAGGCGAAAAUAAUUAUUAAUUUACAGGAAGUCAGAGUAUUGGCGGGCAUCAGUCUCUUUCUUGGAAACGGCUUUUGUGGACGUACACGCGUUAAAAAGGAUGGAACCUACCGAAUAGACUGCUCUCCAAGAAUUCUGCCGUUUACCGACCCGAGCGAAUGUGUUGUAGUGUAAGUUAACACUGAACAGCAUUCCCGUUGUCCCUGCAUUAUAAUACUUUGGGCUAGUCCAGGGGGAAAAGGGCGGAUUGUAAUCAUUUGUAUGGAGUCCUCCUUGGUCUCGUCUUACUCUUCGGACCAAAUCUUAUCUCACAAGGGAAGUGCCCAAAGUGCGACGCUCAGAUUUUCUUUAAAUUUUGCACACACGUCGGGUAUGGACUAAAUAUCAAUUCCUGAAAGUUUUGGCUUGCGCUUUGUAAGCGCCACCGAGAUAUUGAAGCAUCUUUGCCGCCGAGAGCGCAUGCUAAACGUGGAGAGCGGUCAGAGAGAAAAUACCUUUUUGGCCAUAACUUUUUGUUAUAGAAACAUUACCCUUUACGGUUGCAAUUGGCAUGAAACUUUUCGUGCCGAAAUUCGGCAAAGUCUUAAAUUUUCGCCGACUUUCGAUCUAAAAAUCUCGGUUGUUUUUGCAAAGCGAGAGCUAAGAUUUUCGCACAUAUUUUGGAAAAAAAUUUUCUAGAUUUGUGCCAAGUUUCAUCAAAAUCUGAGCGUCGCACUUGGGGUACUUCCCUUGUCAGUUUGAGUCUUCCUUCUCUCCCAACAUCCUGGGUCCUCCACUUCUCGACCUCCCUUUUGCCCUCGACUGCAAAUUGCCACCGAUUCUCCCCUAUAUAAUAUAGCUCGGGACUUCUAAAUCUCUCCGCAAGAGUCCAUCCGAACCCUGCAAAUUUAGUACAAAGUUAAAAGUUGCGCAAUCUGACAUAACGUUGCGCAAUUUCUCUCUUUGUAGGAAUUUCUGCCUUUCUCUGUCGCCUUUUUUGACAACUUUAAACUUUGGACUAACAGGGGAAGUACUCCAAGUGCGACGCUCAGAUUUUGAUGAAACUUGGCACAAAUUUAGAGUAUUUUUUUCUAACAAAAAUAAAAAAAAAAAAUAAAAAAUCUUUUAAUAAAAAUCUAAAUAAAAAAUUUUUCUAACAAUAUGCGAGAAUCCUAGCUCGCGCUUUGCAAAAAGAACCGAGAUUUUUGGAUCGAAAGUCGGCCAAAAUUUAGGACUUUUUGCCGAAUUUUGGCACGAAAAGUUUCAUGCCUAUUUCUACCGUAAAGGAUAAUGUUUCUACAAAAAAUUAAAUUUUUCCGCACGAAACUGCCAAAGUUAUGGCCAAAAAGUUCUUUUCUCUCUGACCGCUCUCCACGUUUAGCGUGCUCUCUCAGCGGCAAAGGUUGUUCAAUAUCUCGGCGGCGCCCGCAAAGCGCAAGCUAAAACUUUCAGGAAUUGAUAUUUAGUCCAUAACCGACGCGUGUGCAAAAUUUAAAGGAAAUCUGAGCGUCGCACUUGGAGUACUUCCCCUGUAAAUUUGCAGGGUUCGGAUGGACUCUUGCGGAGAGACUUAGAAGUCCCGAGACAUAUAUGCCUACGUCUCUCUCAUACAGUAGGCUGUGCAUUGUCGUUGUGCUGUCUACACCCCUGUCGAAUUCACAACUUCCAACUGAAACCUGCUUGAUUUUCUGUUGGGAUGCAAUUUUCUUCAGAUGCCACCGGCUUUACGGACGCUGUCGUUGUCGCACUAUCAACCCGGUCACAACCCAACAUUUGGACAUUGAACUUUCCGCACAAGACCCUCCAGAUUUUAUUUGUUCUAGAGACCGACACGGGAGAUACGAUUAA